GGGAGGGUCAGUCAGUGAGACUAAUAAGGAGUAGGAUCCUGCUUGAGAUCCCAUUCUCACUUUUUUAUUUCUAAGUGAACUUUGGAAAUUGCAGAUUACGAUAACAUGUGUUUACAAAACCCUUGAAGGAUUGCUAUUUCUUUCAUUCGGAGGAAAGUUCUACGGCAGAUGUUUCCAAGGAGCAGCCUUUCCCCACAUGUAGCAGUGGACAUGAGUAACUUCCUAAGGUGGACUGUUAUUCUCUGGAGUCUAAAUACCAUUCCAUUGAGCCAUGGGAUGGCCGUGAAUGAACGGAUAGAUCACACGUGUCCUCCAUUAAAGCUAGAGGACGGCAAGGUCGCAAGUAUGGCUGAGACGCAGGAGUUCACAGGAUUUGAUCUGGCAGAGACGUUCUCUUUGAGGAAAGUUGUGGAGGAUGGCAGGACGCUGUUUCGACUGGGCAGCAAACCCCUCAUUAAGCCGACAGAAUUGGUAUUUCCAAACGGCCUACCAAAUGAGUACUCCAUCGUGGCCACAUUCCGACUCCGGAAGACCACAAAGAAAGACCGCUGGUAUCUCUGGCAGAUAUUUGAUCAGUCUGGGAGCAGUCAGGUGUCCAUUGUUGUUGACGGUGCCAAGAAGGUGGUGGAGUUCUCCUCGCACGGUCUCCUGAAGACCAGCCUGCAUCACACCUUCAAGAGCCGCGACCUGCACGCCCUGUUUGACCGGCAGUGGCGCACCCUGGGGGUGGCCGUGCAGAACAGCAUCGUGUCUGUCUUCCUGGACUGCAAGCUCAUCGAGAGGAGGCAGCUGGAGGAGCGCGACGCCACCGACACGCAGGGCCGUACGCUCAUCACCACGCGCGUGGAGGACGGACGGCCUGUGGACAUUGAGCUACAGCAGAUCCUGGUCUUCUGUGACCCCCAAUUGGCAGAGAUGGUGAACUGCUGUGAGUCUCCAGGCUCCACGUGUGCGCCCAGGGAGGUUGUACCCGUACCCGUCCCCAGUGGUCCUCCGCAGGUGACAGGCUACCUGCCCAGGAUGCUCUCCCUGCCCAUGAUGCAGCCAACAGACAAGUGCCAGUGUCCUGCAGAGAAGGGAGACCCAGGCUUGCCAGGUUUGGCGGGACUUCCGGGACAGAAAGGGGACAAAGGAGACAGGGGUGAAUCUGGAGGGGAUGGGUACCCAGGAAAUCCUGGCAUGAAGGGAGAGAAGGGCGCUGCUGGGUUCCCUGGUCUGGACGGGGAGCGUGGGAGUAAGGGGGAGCCGGGGUCAGAGGGAGGCAAAGGAAUCGGCGGUGAAAAGGGGGACAAAGGUGACGACGGCGAGCGUGGGAACGACGGACUUCCUGGAAUCAUCGGGACGAAAGGUGACCCAGGCCCUGAAGGUCCACCUGGCCUCAAAGGUGAUAAAGGUGAAAUGGGGCCGCCCGGUCCUGGAGGAUCACUGACUGAUAUGAAAAGCCUCAAGGGAGACCAGGGAUUACCAGGUCCUGCAGGAGAGAAGGGGGAGGCUGGCCUACCGGGGUCACCAGGAGCGGCAGGCAAGGAGGGCAAAAGGGGCCGUCGAGGAAAACCAGGAGACCCAGGCAAGCCAGGACCACCUGGUCCAGCGGGUUCAGGUGGUGACGGUGCAGCAGGAAGCUCCAAGGGAGCUAAAGGUGACACAGGAUCUCCAGGGGAAGCCGGAGUGAAAGGAGAGAGAGGUGACUCGGGGCAGCCAGGUGACUCAGGAGCCAGCGGCAUCAAGGGACAGAAGGGUGAAGAAGGACCAAGGGGACCUCCUGGCCCAGUGAUGACAGCUCAUGGGCUGAGGCACCUCUCUGGACCUGGAGAAGAGGGAGAGAAGGGCCAGAAGGGGGAGAAGGGAGACCAGGGAGAAAGAGGAAUCCAAGGAGUCCAGGGUUUGAAGGGCUCUCUUGGACCACCAGGGCCUGCUGGCAGACAGGGCUCAGAGGGCAAAGAGGGUCCAGCAGGCACCAUCGGGCUGCCCGGUGUACCUGGAGAAGUGGGUUCACGAGGAGAACCUGGAGCCACGGGGAGAGAAGGCCCUAAAGGAGAGAAGGGUGACUCAGGAGGCGUCGUCGGACCCCCCGGCCCCCCAGGACCCAAAGGAGAGCCCGCCGAAUUCGGACACGGAGACCUGGGAGGUGUCACGACUGGACCCAGGGGAUCACGAGGAGCUAAGGGCGAGAGAGGUGUGCCCGGGGUGGCAGGUGACCCAGGAGAGAAGGGUGAACCUGGGAUCGGCAUCCGAGGACCCCCUGGCCCAAUGGGAGCCAAAGGGGAACAAGGCUUUGAGGGUCCCAGAGGUCCCCCUGGAAUGCUAGGCCCCGCAGGACCACCAGGCAGUGAGGGUCCUCCAGGUCGAGAAGGCAGACCAGGACCCCCGGGACCCCCAGGUGAACCGACGGCACUACCAAUCGUUGGCGACAUGAGUGCUUUACUGAAGAAUGCGUGCAGUGUGUGCCAGGCGCGGGUUCCAGGGCUGCCGGGCCAGAAGGGAGAGAAGGGAUCCCCAGGGCUGGCCGGUAUCAUGGGUAUGGAGGGGGAGAAGGGUGAUCAGGGGCUGAGAGGCCCAGUUGGCCACCCGGGGAAGGAAGGCCCUAAGGGAGUGAAGGGCGAGCGCGGCUUCGCAGGGCCCAUGGGUGACAAAGGAGACGAGGGGCCCCCAGGUGUUCCAGGGUUCCCAGGGGCCACUGGUCGCACCGGUGCUACGGGUUCAGUUGGAAGACCAGGCCCUGGCGGCCAACCGGGAACAAAGGGGGAAAGAGGCAGUGAAGGAGCUCCUGGGAGACCGGGCCUUCCGGGACCACCUGGUGUCCCCUAUGUGGAGGGAAAUGGCAUGAGCAGUCUCUACAAGCUACAGAGUGGAGGGGCAGUCAUCGGACAGCCUGGCCCUCCAGGUCUCCCCGGGCCCAAAGGAGAUAAGGGAACGACGGGGGAGCCGGGCGCCAUGGGACUACCGGGCCUCGAGGGACUACCUGGUGCCAAGGGAGACACGGGAAGCCAAGGAACUCCAGGGACCCCCGGCCCAGUGGGUAAGCCAGGCCCUCGCGGAGAAGCAGGCACCCCAGGAGAGCCGGGUGAGCGAGGGCCGAUCGGUGAGACAGGAUUUCCUGGACCUGAGGGACCCCAUGGUCUUCCUGGACGGCCAGGGAAAGAUGGCAUUCCGGGAUAUGAGGGGGCCACAGGUAGAGCUGGAGAUCGUGGAUCCAAAGGCGAGCGUGGAGACCCAGGCAUCCCUGGGGAGCGGGGCGUGCAGGGGGAGAGGGGGCGUACUGGAGACCCGGGAAUCUCUGGACCGAGGGGGCCUUCUGGACUCAAGGGAGACCUUGGACCACCAGGACCAGCCGGGAACCCUGGGCUCCCAGGAAUACUGAGUGACCCUACGGCCAUGGAGGAAAUUAGGACGUUUAUCCGAACUGAAGUCUUGAGGAUUUUUGAAGAGCUACAGAAGACACCGGCGGCCAUCUUGGCGUCUCAGGUGCGGCAGGGGCCUCCAGGUCCCCCGGGCAACGUCGGCUCCCCGGGUGCCCCCGGCCAGCCGGGCCCCGCCGGCCCUCAGGGUUACCGCGGCCAGAAGGGUGAGAGAGGUCAGAUGGGCCAUGGCAUUCCAGGACCAGCCGGCCCCACAGGACCCCCAGGGUCAGAUGGAGAAGGCUUCGUGGGGCCGCCGGGCCCCCCGGGAUCCGAGGGGCCACGUGGUCGGUGCGACCCCAGCGACUGCCAGGCAGCCCACUCCCACGCCCGACGGAACGGCUAGCUGGCCUCUCCUGUUAGCAAGGCAGCGAACUGCGGAACCUGUUGGGCUCCCAAUCGCUGGCAGAAGAAGAAGUGCACUUUGGGAGUUGGAGUCAGGAAAUGAUAUCACUGUGGCUGUGGGCAGGGCAAA